AUGCUAUUGAAAACUGGCUCACGAAAUGUACUUCAUCGGUAUUUUCAUAGUUAUCGCAACCUGGCGAUGACUUUUGAAGGCAAUAGUCGUGAAAACCUGGGCUCAGAGGAGGAAAGAAUGAAAAAUGUAUUUGGAGGCCGAAUCAAAGGAGAUCCUCCGAGAUCUUCAAGUCGUGUUUUAAGAGGUCAAUCCCUUAAAAUUGCAGGUGUUGUUGUGCCCCCAAAACCACAAGAGCCCGAUAAUUGCUGCAUGUCAGGAUGCGUGAACUGUGUGUGGGAGAUUUACAACGAGGACUUGCGUGAAUGGAAAAAUAAGCGUAAGGAAGCGUCGCAGAAGUUGAAAGGAACGGAUACAACAUGGCCCGCAGAUUUCGAUCCACCUCUGAAUUUUCUGGAUCUUCAAAAUGUGCCAACCAAGCUGAAGAGCAUGAAAAUACAACUAGAAAAACAGAAGAAUAGAGGCACUGCAGCUUUGUUUCCACCAAGAGAAGGUAGCCUGCCGCAAAGUGUGAUCAAUGCCAGGAGAAGACGUCAAAUGGAAAGGCAGGAAAUGGCUUCGAAAGCAAAAGAUGAGCCAGAAAACGACGAGGGUUGGGAUGAUAUCCCGGUAUUCAUUCGAGUUUUCGCGGAGUUUGAGGGCAAAAAAAAGCAGGCGCGACUGAACCAGGAACUUCAGGGUUAA